AUGUUAGUAACAACAAGUACAUUUUUGGAAGGGUACAAAGUAACUAAACACCUUGGCGUUGUACGAGGUAUAAUUGUACGAUCACGAAGUUUGCUGGGAAAUAUUGCAGGCGGAUUUCAAACUUUGUUUGGAGGAAACAUUACAAUUUAUACCGAGUUAUGUGAAAGAACCCGCGAAGAUGCCUUUAAAUUAAUGGUGAGUUAUGCAGAGCAACAAAGUGCAAAUGCUAUCAUUAAUAUGCGAUAUGAUGCCAAUGAAGUGAUGCAAGGUGUAACAGAGGUUCUUGCAUACGGAACUGCCUUUUUAGUGUCGGUUUGCUAUCUGCGCAAAAAGACUCUGCGCCAUCUAUAA